AUGUCGCACCGCCUCUGCCCGGACAGCUCCAUCUUCUUGGUUUUCCGGGGGCUGCAGCAGUCCCGCAGUGCCCGCAAAGGCAGGGUGACCCCGCGCGGCAGGCCGGGGCUGGGGCGAUGCGGAGCUGUCCGAGCGCGGCGCGGCGCGGCGCUGCGGGGCGGGCGGCGGCCGCGGGAGCCGUGCUGGCUGCUGCCGGCGCUGCUGUGCGGCGCCGCGGGGGGGUACGUGGUGGUCAGCUCCGUGUCGUGGCCGCUGCCCGAGGCGGGGGCGGCGGCGGACGAGCUGCACAGCUCCUCCACCGAGGAGGCGCUGCCCGCGCUGCUGGAGGAGGCGGGCGGCCUCUGGAAGCAGAGCUACCCGGCCUCGGCGUACCGCGAGGAUGCGGCGCUGGGCUCGGGGCCGGGGCCGCGGCGGCCGGGCCCGGGGGCCGCCCCCUCCAGGAUGUUCUCCUACCGGCGGGAGGGCGGCGGGGCGCCGGGACGCGCCGGGAGCGCCCGCUUCCUCGCCCGGCACAGCACCUGGGGCUUCGUGGCGACGCGGGCCGCCCGAGGAAAGAUCCAAGGUAUGCCCUAUGGGAACUGUUUACUUCUCAGCGAUGGUCCCAUCAAUAACAGCACUGGAAUCCCUUUCUUUUACGUGACACCAAAAGAUAACACUGUGACGGAUCUUCUGAAGAAUCCCAUGGCCUCUCUGACCCUUCCAGAGGCAGAUGGAAAUUUCUGCAGAAAAAACGUAAUUGAUCCAGAGGAUCCAAGGUGCGCCAGGCUGACUCUCACGGGACAGAUGGUCACGGUGCCUCCAGAGGAAGUAGAAUUUGCCAAGCAAGCAAUGUUUUCCAGGCACCCAGUGGUAAGAAAGUGGCCUCGUAGCUAUGAGUGGUUCUUCAUGAAAAUGAACAUUGAACAUAUCUGGCUUCAGAGCUGGUAUGGAGAAGUUUCUCCCAUUGCAGUAGAAGAGUAUUUAAAAGCAGUUCCAAAUAAAGGAUGAUUGAAUGGGCUUUGAGAUAAAAAUCUCCUGAGUUUCCUUUCCAAACACUUUUAAAAUUUCAUGGUAGAUGGUUUCUUUACAGUGAUAUUUUUCUCUUCUCCCAAAAGGCUUCAAAAUAGCCCUGUCUCACAUGAAGUGGAGUGAAAAUAAAUCAACACAG